UGCUAUGGUUACUGCCAGUAACCAAGUGUAUUCGUGAUAAAUACCCGUAUUUUCUCGAACUAGUGAGUGACCACGCGUUAUUAAACCGCGAAUUAAAACCCUUGAAAAAUGACCGAAAACGAAGGGAAAACUUUGACGGAAUCCUUCUGUGCCAACGUUCAAAGUCCGGAGCGAAUGGUGCGCCAGCGAGCGAUAAAGGAUUUCCUGGAGUUUGUCCACCGUACCGUAACGGAGAAAGAUGCUCCAGCUGUGUUCGAUGCCACCUAUCUGCACAUCCUCCGUUGCUACGCCGACCGAUUCGAGAUUAUUCGAAAUCUGGCCAUAACGCUGAUAGGGGAGCUGCUGGAAAAACUACCCGCCAAUGGGUUCUAUCUGGGCUACAUUGUCCCGGUGAUAGCCCGUCGGAUCGGCCAAGCGGAAACAGUUGAGGAAAGCGAGGAAAUCCGACUGCAGCUGUUGGAGCAACUGGAAGCCAUCAUUCGGAAGUACGCCGAUCCGGACGGAAGUAAAGGCGAUCCGCUGCUGAAAUCCUACGACAAUCUGAUCGAUAUCAUGGUAAAGACACUGAAGGAUCCUUACCCGGCGGCACAGAAGCAGAGCUGUGAACUAGUCAAACUACUGGCCGAGUCAACACCUAGCAUGCACUAUCGGGCGGAAGCGCUGGUGACGCCAGCGACCGGUGUGCUGAAACAUCGCCAUUCGGCCAAUAGGAUUGCGGCCGUUGAAGCUCUGGGGGUUUUGGCGUUGAAUAUCCAUUCCAACUCGGAAAAGGUGGUACAGAUAAUUGUAGACCUGUCGCCAUUGUUAAUGGAUGGUGUUCCGUUUGUCCGGAGAGCCUGUGGCCGCGUCGGGUGUUUGAUGCUUCUGAAGCUGCGAGAUCGGUAUUCGUUCUUUUACCGUAUUUUGCCGCUCGUGUUGAACUGUUUGACGGACGACACAGCUGAUGUUCGCGAUGAUAUUCUCAUUCGCUGGAAGGAAGCCGGUGAACUGUAUUACAAAGAAAACGAGACUGAACUGUCGAAAACAAAACUGAUCGAUCAUACUCCGGCUAAUUACCCAACAGAAUAUGAACGCCCAACACUCCCGUGUCGAGCGAUUGUCCAACGUAGUAUGAGGAUCGUAAAUCUCGUACUGCACGAAAUAGAAGAAUGGAAAGAGGACAUCAGACUGCAUGCCACCAAGUUGUUGAAAUUGGUAGUGCUACACGCUGAAAAGGCGUUCUCCACUUUGUUCCUGGAAGUUAAUCCGGUACUUUGUAAAACGUGUAUGGAUUCGGAUAAGGAUAUUGCAGCGGAAGCCUUGAAGGUGGCUCAACUAUGUGGAAUACUUCUGGAGUACGAUACGUGGAGCAAACAUGCGUUGACAGAGUUUUCAAAAUUCCACACUCUUGGCCACGUGAAGUGCUUGCAUGCAAUAUAUCAAUCCUCUGGUGUGGAUAGAUUGAAAGAUCUCACGAAAAUUGCCACCAUUCUAACGGAUACCGAAGUGUGUCACGUGCUCAAAGAAAACUAUCAACUAGAGUUGCUGGGAUUUUUGGAAACACUUGUCACUGACUUCCAUCGCGUGUUCACCGCCAAUGAAAUUGAAGGACUCGCUAACGAAUCGGACCGUGUGAGCACCGAAAAAAUGCUCUACACCGUUAUCCUCAAAUCGGCAGCCUUUGCCUACGAAGAUUCUCAAAUCAUUCGGGACCGUGCCUUGCAGGUGCUCGCCAAGCUAAAUCCAUCCACCGAACAGCUGCACGAACAUCACCUAGCAGACGUCAUCAAUUCUCUCGAGAAUCUUGAAUCAUCCAACUCUGAUGCAGCGGAGAGCAUCCUCCUACUGGCUGGGAUAGUGUUCGUGUGUGGAUUCCGCCAACCGUACUACGAUGCGCUUCGCCAGGCACUGAAAACGGCCCUCCAGCACGCGAUCCCACAGGGAAAAAUCAAACUUUUCAGUUCGAUAUCUAUCGCAAUGCUGCGAUGGAAUGAAACUAUGUGCGGUGCUGGGGAAGAGCAAUCGACAUUGUUGCAACAUUUUAUGACAGAUCUCAUUUCGCCUUACUUGGUGUGGGCCGCUGGUCGCAGUGCUGAAUCGGUGCGCUCAAUGGCAACAGCUUGCCUCUGUUCUAUGUCGCAAGGGGCGGAAAAUGGAAUUUUCAUUACAUUGCUAUCCAUGGAACUGAAAACGCUAGCCAGUCUAAUUGAGGAUAACAGCAUUGCAACACGUGCCUACGCGCUGAGAACGCUACUAGCAAUGGGUGCGUUAGAUUUCGAAAAUCUGAAGCUAAUUGCAUACGCCGUCGUUUCCCGGUUGGACGAUCCGAGUAGUGAGGUGCGUGAAAUGGCAGCCAGGUGUUUGGGCCGGUUACAGCAUUCGGCAUCGGCCGACUGCAGCAGCGAUGACGAGUCAUCAGCACGUGUCCGCUGGGAAGACACACUUAAGCCGAUUAUCUCCACCAUGUUUCUGCAUUUGGAAAAUCCUGAAUUGAAACUGCGAGCCACAAUUCUAGAAUCCCUUGGCCGCUUAGUCGUCCAUCAUCGCUCGCUAAUCAAAGGCCUGGCUAAUGAAGUUGCAGAGGGAUGUCCGUACAAGAAGGAUCUGGAUAAUAUCCUUGCUCAUCAGUAGAUACCGCUGGUCUGGUGCUACCGGUCCGAAUCGACAGUGUCGGUCUCUCUGCCCACCAACCACCAUCAAACUAUCCAGCAUCCAGGGACUCACAGAGAACGAAAAAACAACUACAAAGCGCACCGCCAACCUACCGGAACCGACGCCAGCCCCAUCAGGAUAAUUGAUUCAAAUCGUAUUUCAUCGAGUGAAUCUUUAUCAUCACCAUCGCGCCAUCACCAGCAACGACCAACGACCAAAGCAGCACUGGUAGGAGGGGAUUGUGUAACGGCAUUCGCUUGUGCUUCCUUUCUCUUCCUGCUAGGUUCCAACUAUCGCGUUUCUAUAUUUCUGCAUCUAGCCAAAGGCAGAUGCUCUGCUACACAAUCAUCAAUCGUUUCGAAGCAACCGAAAAAAAAAAUGGGGGAUCAAUUGAACGUCUGCUGAAUGGAAAAUUGGUCCGCUCUAUUCUGAGAUUUCCGAUUCAGUUUUUUUUUGUCUUGCUCAUUCACUGCUCAUCAGCGAGUGGUUGCAAAUCGAGCAUAGCCGGAGCUGCUGCUGCACUUCGGCUUCUCGGUGCGCUUUUUCUUCAUCUUCUGAGGCCAAUCGAGUCGUCGUCGGCUGGUUCCGUUCGAUCGUAAUUGCAAUUAUGAAUUUUCUUUCUUUUAUCCUGCACCGACAACUCCAAGAGAUUUCCUUUUUCGAGAGUGAUGCAUGAAUAAACGCAAUUUUAUUAUCGGUUCA